UGCUCUUCCUCACUGUCUUGCAUAUCAAGCAAGGGCCGUGAAACAAAGGCGAGAGAUAGAUAGAGAGAGAGAGAGAGAGAGAGAGAGAUGGCAGAGAAUGACUCGCAGACUUUGGCCCACCAGAUCGGAGGGCUCCAGAAUGACGCCCUCCGUUUCGGUUUGCAAGGCGUCAAGAGCGAGAUCGUCGGGCAACACCCUCUUCAAUCUCUCACCGAAUCUGCAAGGAGGAAAGAAGAAGAGACGAAACGGAUGAUUCUCUCAAACACUUAUGGAUCAGCACUUCCUUUGAAAAUGGAUUUGGACCGACAAAUCCUUUCCAGGUUUCAGAGGCCUCCAGGAGCAUUGCCGUCAUCCAUGCUGGGCUUGGAGGCUCUUGAUGGGAGCUUGGAUUGUAUCGGUGUUGAAGAUUACCUCAAUGACCCACGCAACUCGGAAACCUUCCGUCCAGCAGAUCUGCAUCAUGGCAUGGAAGUCCGCCUUGGCCUCUCAAAGGGACCAGUUUACCCUAGUUUCAUCUGAUUUGAUUCUCCAACAUCUCAGAAUUGUUUUUCCUCUUGUAGCCAUUAGAUUUUGCUAUUGAAUUUCUGGUUAUCAGCAUCUGCUACUGGAGCCUGCCGAGAUGUGUGGGUAAUGUUCCAGAAGUGUUUAAACAAUCCGAUGAACAUGGCAUGUGUUUUUGGGAAACGACUGGUUAUUUAUUAUAACUUUGAAUUCUAGGAUUUGAUAUUA